AUGACCGGAACAACCCAAAUCGACCACGAGCUCCUUGAGCUUCACGAGAGAAAGGGCCCAGAUGACAGCCCGCGGUUUGAUAACUCUUCUCCCACAUCCAAUGUGCAGAGAACCAGCAUAGGGAAACGUCCAGAAUGCUUCAAGAGUACGUUCCAGGAGAUUUGUUUCAUCUUCAUGGCUACAUUGGCUAUGGCGACAAAUAGCCUUGUUACUGGGGCCAUGAUUAUCGUUACCGCCUCAAUUGGAAGAGAUUUACACAUGACACAGGCCCAAAUCACUUGGAUUAGUGCUGCUACCACUCUUUCUGCCGGCGCUCUGCAACUUCCACUAGGCCAGCUCACAGAUCUUCUUGGUCGCAGGACGUUUUUCAUAGCCGGCAUGGUUGGCUUCAGCAUUAGCAGUCUGAUACUUGGCUUCUCCAAGAACCCGUUUUGGAUGAAUAUCCUAUGCGGCUUUCUGGGCCUUUUCUCGGCUGUCAUCGUCCCCCCUGCGAUCGGAAUACUCGGUGCUGCCUACUCAGAGCCGUCGAAGCGAAAGAAUUGGGCAUUUGCGUGCUUUAGCGCGGGAAAUCCCGUCGGCUUUGGGCUUGGGAGCAUUAUUAUGGAAAUAUCAGCAAGAAUCUUUGAUUGGCGCGCCGGCUUCUUCUUCUUCACCAUUCUCUGGGGAUUGCUGGCUGCCGUGUCGAUACGGGUCGUGCCUAGUAUUGAAGCCUUUGAACCAGGGCCCUUUGGAAAGAGACUAACGGCAGCUCUAAGAAAAUUUGACUACGUUGGAACGGCUCUUACGAUUGUCGGCGUUGGUCUUUUCACAACUGGUUUGACACUUGGGCCAGCGGAUGGAUGGAAAUCUGCUCAUGUCAUCGCAAUGCUAAUCGUUGGCUUCCUCCUCCUCGUAGGGUUUGUAGUGUGGGAAAAGAAGUACCCAUAUCCCCUGAUGCCUCUGCAUAUCUGGAAGGACAGAGGUUUUGCAUUUUUGAUGCCCGUUUCCAUCUUUGGAGUCAUGUCGAUGCUUUCUUCCAACUUUUGGCUCGCACUCUUCCUACAAGAAUUCCAUCACCGACCGGCAUGA